AUGCCAAACAGCAUCAGCAGGGAGGAGUAUGUGAAGCCAGGACUACUGAAGACGUACAAGCUAUGGGUCAUGUUGCUGGCUAUAGCUGUAAUCUCACUCGCUUCCAUGUACUUUCUGGCGUUGAAUGACAGACCUGACAUCAAGGUUCCAGAAGCAGAAGUGUGUCAAGAACUGUUGAGCAACAUAACGCAACCUCAGAUGGUGAAUGAAGACUGGAGCCUGACACAUGUGAAGUUAAUGCAAAGCUGCCGCUGGAAGUUCAGUGCUACUGCCUUGGCCCAGUACAGGGAAAAGCUCGGGAGCUGCUGCAAUGCCUCAGCCUGGCUGGUUGCAACACGAGACAACACGCCGUUGGGAUCUGAGCUUGUCUAUGAUGGGCAGCUUUCAAAGAGAUUGACAGUCCAGAGAAACUUGCUGGAGAUGCUACCAGAGAAAUCCCCCUUUCCGGACCCUCUCUACAAAACCUGUGCUGUAGUGGGAAAUGGAGGAAUCCUCAGGAACAGCAGCUGUGGCUCUGAAAUUGAUAGGCACCAGUUUGUAAUCAGAUUUAACCUGCCUUCUGUGGACUUCCCUGAGGAUGUGGGCAGAAAGUCAAGCAUCGUCACUGUGAAUCCUAGUAUCCUUCAUCAUAGAUUUAAUGGUCUGAAUCGUCAGCGCCUGCCAUUUGUAAAGGCAGCAGCUUCCUAUGGAAAGACUUGGUUCCUCCUCCCGGCUUUCUCCUACUCCAGCAAUACUGAGCCUUCUUACCGAGCAUUCUAUGCCUUGCAGGGCUCUGCCUCCCAGUCACAUGUCAUCUUCUUCCACCCUCGGUACCUGAGUGCUCUAAGCAAGUACUGGCAUGAUCAUGGUUUUCAUGUUCGUCGCCUCUCCUCAGGUUUCAUGCUAGUGAAUGCUGCUCUGGAGUUGUGCGAACGUAUUACACUCUACGGCUUCUGGCCCUUCUCCAUGCAUCCUGAUGGCCAUUCCCUGCCCCAUCAUUACUAUGACAAUGUGCUUCCCAACAGCAGGGCACACAUUAUGCCCAAAGAGUUCUCUUACUACGUGGAUAUGCACUUCCGCGGCGUGCUGCAGCUGCAUCUGGGGCAGUGCUAA